GACUGUCGGUCUGAGCUACAGCUCGCCCUUUGAUUGGCGCGGGACAGGAUUCCCUGCUUGCAGCUGGCUUGUCAUUUAUGCGUAGAGCUAGGUUGAGGACAGCAAGGCGAAUGAUUGAGACACACUGCUUGGGAUUAACUAGAGGCACUUUAACAAGCAGCAUCUCAACCGGACCUAUUCGAGGGAAAGAAGAGGGAGAGAGGGGAAAUAAAUCACUCAUAACAGAACAUCGUUUGGGAAAAUAACCAACAUAUUCUUGAACGACCUGGGAUCUCUGGUGUGAAGAUCUUCCUGCAUUUCGAAACAAUACAUUUGUAGUAAUUAAUAUCAACAACGCUACUGUAUUAAAGCGAUUUCACCAUGUCCUCGUCGUCACAACAAACGUCUCAAAGAAUGCGUCGCAAUGGCUCGCCGACUUCGAACCGCCUGCAGCCCAUCAGGGCCACCGUGCCCUUCCAGCUUAGACAAGGCAAUAACAGCCCGACCCGCUCCUCCUCCUGCAACGGCACUAUUAGCACCAGCUCACCGGCAACAGCCACAGCUCACUCUACAUCAACAGCAACUGCAACCACCUCGACCUCAACAGCAGCCACAUUCACCACCCCCAACGGACAGAAACUUUCCCCAACAUCAUCGCCCACCUCUUCAUUCUGGGUUCCGGCUACAAUUGUCGCCUCUGACGGACGGAUGAGACAUAGGCGGUCAUCUGACAGUAGGAGCCCACCUGAAAGAAGGAGCCCUAGCUCUCCUGUUUAUAAAGUUGAAAGAUCCAAAUCUCAACAGAUGAGAACCUCCAGUACAAUCCGGCGCACCUCUUCUCUAGAUACCAUAACAGGACCUUAUCUCACAGGACAGUGGCCACGUGAUCCUCAUGUACACUACCCAUCAUCUAUGAAGGAUGAAUCUACACAGCAGAUUGCCAAAUUAAGGCAGCAGCUCCAACGCAGUAAGCAAAGCAGUCGGCACAACAAGGAGAAGGACCGCCAGUCUCCACUCCAUGGUAAUCAUACAGCUAUCAAUCAGUCUCAGGUACGCUACUCUUCAAGUUGUAAAAGCGUAGAAGCUUCUGAAUCGAUGGCAUUCCCCUUGCAGGUGUAA